UCUUUUCGUCUGUCUAACUCUCUCUCUCUCUCUGUCUCUCUUUCUCUCUCUGUCUCUCUGUUUCUCUGCAACAAGUAAGCAAAAGCGAUCGAGCGAGAGUUUUGAGUUCAACGAUUGAGCGAGUGAUUUUCUGGGUUCUCUCUGUGUAACGACUGUGUGAAAUUUUGGGUUCUGAAAUCAAGAAUGGCGUCGUCUGCUAUAAAGCGCAGACAAUUGGAGGAUGGUUUUGGUUCCUUUGAGUUUCAGUUUCAAAUCCAGAAGAGGAUAAGGUCUUCUAGGGUUUCUGAGACCCAACGGAAUGUAGCCGUUGAGGAAAAGUCGACUGUUGGUCUUCCUCUGCACAAGGGUUUGGCUUCGUCUGUUAUAAAAAAUGCCGACCCAAAAUCAGAAGAGCUGGGUUUCGAUGAAAUCUGUCAGACCCAGAAGAGUAAGAGGUCUUCUAGAGUUUCUGAGACCCAACGGAAUGUAGCCGUUGAAGAAAAGUCGAUUGUUGGUCUUCCUCUGUGCAAGGGUUUGGCUUCGUCUGCUACCAAAAAUGCCAACCCGGAAUCAGAAGAGGGUUUUGAAGAAAUCUGUCAAACCCAGAAGAGGAAGAGGUCUUCUAGGGUUUCUGAGACCCAACGGAAGGAAAAGCGGACGAUUGGUCUUCCUCUGCGCAAAGUCGAUGGUUUGGCUUCGUCUGCUUCAAAAGAGACGUUGAAUUGUUCUAAAGUCUUGGAUUCUCUGAUGAACCUCAGCCAUGCGAGCUACUUCAACAAGCCUGUUGUUGAUCCUGUGGCUGAGAAUUUGCCGGGUUAUUUCGACAAAAUCUGGAGGCCGAUGGAUUUGGGUACUGUGAAAUCGAAAUUGGAGAGGGGUGUCUACUCCAGCGCUGAUGGAUUUGCUGCUGAUGUCAGGCUUAUCUUCUCAAACGCUUUCAGAUAUUUCACCCUUGGUAGUAGAAAUUGUGCAGCAGCCAAGCAUCUCAGUGGGGUUUUUGAGACCCAAUGGAAAGAAGCCGAGGAGAAAAUGUCAAAGACCGCUUGUCCUCCUCCUACUCCUCCUCUGCCCAAACGGAGACCAAAUGGCAAGAGCUCUUCUGCUUGUAGGGUUCUUAUGCAAAGUCAAGGGGUUGUUGGGGUUUCUGAUUCUCAAAGUUGA